UUUUAAGGUUUCAUUGAAAGUUCUAAAAGUCGAGGAAUAUAUUUGUGGUGGUGGGUAGCAUUGGUCUAGGAUUGGAAUCGUACGACGACGCUCUUUUUUCCAGGCGUCUCACUGGGUUGGAGGUGGUUAGGUCGACGAGUGUGGAUCGAGACUUGUGCGAAGCAAGAAGCGUGCGACUGAUUUUUCCCCAAAGUUUAGAGAGAGGCUUACAUGGCGACUUCUCUUGUUUUCUGGUAGGUUUUUGCUAUCAAACUGGUCUCUUUUCUUCCGAUUUUACCGGCUUAAUAGUGGAUUUUUGCAGUCGGUACGAUUUGAUCGUUUUUUGUUCUGUUCGGGAGGGGCACUUUUACCCCAAGGUUGUGAGACGUAGGAGGGUACUUUCGGCGUGUUUUUGCUAUCCAGGUACUAGAAGAUGAGCGUGGUUGGCUUGACCUAGUUCAAUCCAAGAGACCGCGAUGAUUUUCCUAAUUGAAACGAUGUCGGGCGAUAGUUGAUGUGAAUGUGUGAGACAACAACUUUGGUUACCAAUUGUUUUGUUGUUGACCGUGUAAGUUUGAGUGGUGGCAUAUGUUUUUAUUUUGGGGUCAGUCGGUGGGGAUAAUUGUUGUAAAUUCGGGUAUGAGCUUUUAUUGUGAAGUUAAAAUUAAAGCUAAUGAACCUCGGUGGCGCUUUACUGGAUUCUAUGGGUACCCGGAGAGACAUAUACAAAGGGAGUCAUUGACACUUCUGAGAUCGCUUGCAUAGCAAAGUGACAAAACAUGGCUCCUUCGGGAAUAUGUCAAUAAUCUAAUGUUUUGGCAUGAGUGGAAAGGAAGAACACCUCAACCACCUUGGCUGAUGAGGGGAUUUAGAGAGACAAUUUGGAGUUGCGGUCUGCGCAAUAUUGAUUGGAUUGAAGAAAAACUACACAGACCACUAGCCAAUGAAGAUUGGAUACAACUAUGUGGGGGGGGGGGGGGGGGGGGGUUCAGAGCCACAUCCAUGGAUAACCCGUCUAGUGACCACCUCAUGAUCCCCCUGAAGAUGGAAAAGGAGAAGUGAGUAGGGUUUAGAGCUACAUUUAAAUUUGAAAAUAUUUGGCUGCAGGAGGAAGAAUGUAGGGAUUUAAUCCACCAAUCCUGGUCUAACUCAGAAGAGCUAUCGCUUUGGCAAAGGUUGGAGGCUUGCAUGUGGAGUAACAAUAGACCUGUGGGGUUUCAGGCUAGAAUUGACAUCUGCAAAACCCGCAUAAAACAUCUUCACAGUGAGGGAAACAAUUGUGUCACGGGAGAAUUCCACUAGACAAAAGCGUUGUAAAUUUAUUUACUCUAAACAGAAUAAAUUAUGGCAAAAAGGGGCGAAGGAUUUCCGGUUGAAAGAAGGAGACAAAAAUACAAAGUUCUUUCAUAAUGCAGUUAAAAAACGCAGAAAAAGGAACUACAUGAAGGACAUUGCUAUUAGGGACCAUUUUAGGGAACUUUUUGCAUCAUGAAAUGUUAAUAUUAUGAGUCGCUCCAAUAUGGGAGGGAUCACAAGAUUGAUCCAGGAACAAAAAGUGCCCUUGCGUGACCAAUCCGUCCUUUAGAAGUCAAGAGAGUUGUGUUUGCCAUGCAUCCCGAUAAAGCACCACGCCCAGACGGUCUGAACCAGGAAUUCUACCAGCACUAUUGGGAUAUUUUGGGCGAUGACAUAGCUCCUUUCGGUCAACAGGUGUUCUCAACGGGAGUUAUCCCAGGGGAGGUAAAUCAUACUAAUUUAAUUUUGAUUCCUAAAAAGGAAAAACCAGAGUCCCUUGGAGACAUGAUAUAUAUCUAUUGUCCUGUGCAAUGUUGUUUAUCAUUUUUUUCAAAAGUCCUUGCUGAUCGCAUGAAGGUUUUCCUAAAAGGUCUUAUAUAUAAAAAAUUAGAGUACUUCUGUCCUGGGCAGGUUAAUCACGGAUAAUAUUAUGGCGGUUUAUGAAUCUCUUCAUUUUAAAAAAAGAUGACAAUGAAAGAAGGGUAUGUGGCACUUAAACUAGAUAUGAGUAAGGCUUGUGAUAGAGUGGAAUGGCCAUACCUUGAAACGAUGCUAGAAUUAAUGCAUUUUGACUAGAGAUGGAUUAAUCUUAUCAACGAGUGUGUUGCGACUUGCGAGUGUGGAAUAUUAUAUCCUUUUGACAUAAAUUUUAUUAGGCCGAUUACGCUUUCCAGAGUGAUGAGACCGGGAGGCCUUUGUCCCCUUACUUGCUUAUCCUUGCGGCGGAGGGAUUGAAUGCCCUUCUCAGACGACAGGAGGCAAUGGGAAACAUAUUGUCUAUUCCACUCUGUUCGUGGUGGGGUCCAGUGGAUUUUAUUGGUGGCUAGAUUCCAAUGGAAAUUACAUAGUAAAGAGUGGGUAUAAAAUUGCAAGGGUGAGAUAUGAGAAGAUAGUUAGCUCCUUUGGACCCAUGUGUGGAUUUUUUUAUCCCAUUGAAGAUUUAAUUCUUUUUCUACCUGCUUAUGGACAAAUAUUUUCCCACAACAACUAACUUGAGGAGGAGAAGGGUGAAGAUCAAUCCAUUGUUCUGUUUAUGUGGGGAUGAGGAGACGAAAAUGCACAUAUUUUCUAGCCGCGACUUCUCUUUGGUAGUUUGGGCUAAUCAGAGAGCGGUUUUGUAGAGGCAAGGCAAUGACUCAACUGACUCAAUUAAGAAUUUUCUUGAUCAUUUGCAUGAUGGCGAGUUUUUCAUUUUUAUUUUCACCCUGUGGAGUAUCUAGAAAGCCCGAAAUGGUGCAGAUCGGAAAGGUAGGAGGUUCAACGAGUCACAAGUGUUGAUAUCUAGUGACACAGUUCUCCAGGGAUGGCGGAAAGCACGAGAGGAUAGCAGGAAGUAGAGUGCUUCAGGUAUCCAAGACGGGGCUUGGCAGAAACCGAUCAGGGGAUAGAUAAAAGUCAAUGUAGAUGUUGCACUGGACAACAGACGAGGAACGAGAGCUUGGGGCCAGGUAGCUCGAGAUCAUUCAGGCAACAUUAUUGAGGGAGACAACUACACAUCUCAAGUGGAUUGGAAUGCUACCAUGACGGAAGCUCUACGACUCAGAGCGGUCCUACAUUGGGUCCGACAACAAUUUUGGAGUCGGGUAAAGGUUGGAUCGGAUUCAUCUGUUGUUAUUUCAAGGAUUUUGCGUGAUGAUGGUAAUUCUUACCUUGAUGUUGUUAUUGAAGAUAUUAGACACAUUUUGCUUAUAAGGCGGAUAUUGAAGUCAAGUUUUGUCGGAGGUCCGCCGACAGAGUAGCUCACAAGCUUUCUAGGGUCACCUUGAGCAAUGCGGACGGGUGUCAUUUUUAUACUUAUUGUCCAAAUUGUAUUAAUUGCCAGCUGAUGAACGAUGUUUUAAAUAUUAAUAGAAGUGGCAUCUUUUCCUUUCAAAAAAAACUCAAAACAUAUACGGAAUACAAAAAGUUACAACGUGGAUAUCAUUACAAAGGGGUCUACUAGAAUAGCAAGACCAUCAUAAUAUCAUUAGGGAGUAAUUGACUAAUGGAGAUUAAUUAUACUCUAUUAGAUGAAGUUUUAUAUUUCUAUCAAUUCAGCCUAAUUAUAUCAUUAUUACUCUCUUCAUCACACGAAAUACUAAUAAUUUUGAUUACUUAUGUUCAGUUUAAGGGAGUAUUUCUUACGUCAUUUUUCCGUUUUACUUAAUGUUGCAUUUGACAUGUACAACAAUAUCGUAUUACAUAUAAUGAUGCACCUUUCAUGAAUGGAAUCUACGAAAAUUUAUAAAAAUAGAAACAUUUUGUGUGUGAAAGAUGAGCUAUCAAAUUGUCCCAUUAGUUCACAUUUUUAUUAUAAGACCUAUACUACUUCUCAUUUGAAUAAAAAAUCGAUCCAUAUUACAUAUGAUUAUAUGAGUAAUUAUUAUUACCUGCAAGAGGGAACUGGGCCUGGGCCAUUUGGUGCGGCAUUUCCGGCGGGAGAAUUGGCGUCUCUUUGUUGCAUUCCAGUGGUUCUUUAUAGAGUUCUCCGUUCUUCCGGGAAGGCGUUUUGCUAUUUCCGCCCACUUGUUACCAACUUCUAGCAUCUUAGCGGCCCAAUGAGUUGUUGUAGUAGGUUCCCGAUGUCGGGUUGGAAACGAUCGAUAAGGAAAUAUCAGUGUGGAGGGAUGCUUGGCUUCCGAGGAAGGGUAUGGGUAGAGUACAUUCGGCCCGUCCGGAAGGUAUUCUAAACAUGAAUGUUGCAUCUUUUCUUUUCGAAGAUGGAAAAAAUGGGAAUGGCCAACGAAUUAAUGGUUUGUUUUUUGAGGAGGAAGAUCUUGCAAUUUAGAACAUACCAUUAAGUUUAAAACAGGUUGGAGAUGGAUAUCGCUAAAACGAUGAGGCGAAAGAAUUUUUUUUUGGUCCAAAGCUGCUAUAGAAGGUUCGUGGGUGGAUUUGAGGAAACUGGAUUGGGUGGAUAAUGGUUUGGAAGUUUCGAAUCCCAACGAAAGUGAAUAUUUUUUUGGCAGCUUGCGAACGGUUUCUACCUACAGGAGGCCAAACAGAGAGCUGGUAAGACCGAUUGUUUGAGGGGAGAUCAGAUCCACUUAAAUAGUUGGUCCCAGGAUGUCAAUUGUUUGUCACCCGACGAAUCCCAUGACAAACACCUUCUUGAACAUCUUCGCACAACUACAACGAAUGCAAUAAAAGAUCAAUGAAAUUCGUGGAGUUCCCCAUCAUUGGAAAUGGCAUCCCAAACAUGUUGCGUCAAAUCACUUUUCAGCAACUCAAUCAACUACGUGGAGUUACCAAAGAAGUUCGUCAUGCCAAUUAUAAAUCCCUUUGACAUAACCUCAUAUCCCGGAGUACAUGUCUUAUAGAGAGUCAUGCAUGUGUCGAGGAUUCACACAACAUUGAUGAGUCUUUCGCUAACUUGGUUUGUGAAUCUAGCGAAUGGCAACAUUGACUCAUUUGUUGAACUCAUUAAACUCUUUAACCUGCAAUUCACUAGUAGUAGGAUAUUGGAAAGACACACUAGUGAUCUCUAUCAAGUAACACAAAUACGUGGCGAACCCCUUAUGGAUUAUUUACUCAUAUUUUACAAAGAAAAGGUAUCGAUCCCGAGAUGUGACAUUUCUAUUGUGACACCAUCCCCAAGCAUGUUUACUUUUAGUAAAUUAUGUAGUAAACCUUGAAGGAUGAUUUAUGA